AUGUUCAAGUACAUCGCUCCACUUUGUGUUUUUCUAGCUUUUUCGGUGGUUUUGGAAGCCAAGCCGAGAUUUAGAGUGAGUUAGCCUAAUUUACUUUUAUUUUUGAUGAAGUAUUAUCGAAAAUCUCAUGCGCUACCAAAAUAAACACGCAACGCAGACCGCGUCGCGUCACAACACACACAAAUAAGGGAACGAUUCAAAUUCCCUCCCUUUUUUUGUGUGUGUUGUGACGCGGCGCGGUUUGCGUUGCGUGUUUAUAAUACAGUCCUCCACAUAAUCUUAGCCUCACCCCCAAAAUUUUCGAAAAAUCGAAAAUUUGAUUUUUUCAGAAAAAGUUGGCAUAGUCAAAAUAUGUCAAAAGGUGAUACAUAAAUGUACCCUACUUCGAAUUUCAGAUAAAAAUGAGGCUGAAAAAAAAGUUGACUUUUUUGAAAAAUAGGUCUUUUCACUUUCCACAUAAUCUUAGCCUCACCCUAAAAAAUUGCUGGAAUUUCAGGUUUUUGGCUUGAAAUGAGUUUGGAAUGAGGCUGAAAAUGAUAGUUAAAUCAAUUUCAGAUAGAAUUGAGCUGUAAUCAACCACUAUUGAUUGAUUAACAGUGACCGAGAGCGCUGAUAGUGUGAAGACUUCCAUAAAAACAAGUUUUCAGUCGAAGUUGGUCCAAAUUCGAUUAUUUCGAGCUUAAUUUUUAGAAAAUUGGUAGAAAACACUUUUUUCAACAUAAUCUGUCAAAUUCUGACCCGAAUUGCAAAAAAUUUUGAAUUUUAGCUGAUUUUUCGAAAAUUUAAAAAAUUUUUUGAACCAAAAUUUUUGAGUUUCAGCCAAAUUUCCGACAUUUUUCUGAGUUUUCCAGUUGGAUAUUCUUGUUCAGGCAAGAUACUGAUCUCUUACAUCUGAAAUAAGCUUAUUCUUCAAUUAGGCGCUCUGAAAUUGUGAGAUAUCGGUCAUAUCUGAUCGAAAAUUUCAGAUCAAUUUUGAGAAAAACAGUUUAUUUUUGUAAUUUACUGAAAAUUUCAGUUUAAAUGUGUGAUAAUGGUUGAAAAACUGACAAAAACCAAUAACUGACUUCAAUUAAACAAUUUGUGUCCAAAUGUUCAACCAGGAAAGCUCCUCAAUGUUGGGUUAAAAAAUUUUCAAAAAUUCAUCAAAGUCAGGUUUCAGUCUUUCAUCUGAUUCUUACUCCAUUUUUGAAUUUCUGAGUGUCAGAAUUCGAAAAAUUAUCAGAAUUAACGUGUUUUCGUAGAAUCCAGAAUAUACAACUGGAAAACUCAGAAAAAUGUCGGAAAUUUGGCUGAAACUCAAAAAUUUUGGUUCAAAAAAUUUUUUAAAUUUUCGAAAAAUCAGCUAAAAUUCAAAAUUUUUUGCAAUUCGGGUCAGAAUUUGACAGAUUAUGUUGAAAAAAGUGUUUUCUACCAAUUUUCUAAAAAUUAAGCUCGAAAUAAUCGAAUUUGGACCAACUUCGACUGAAAACUUGUUUUUAUGGAAGUCUUCACACUAUCAGCGCUCUCGGUCACUGUUAAUCAAUCAAUAGUGGUUGAUUACAGCUCAAUUCUAUCUGAAAUUGAUUUAACUAUCAUUUUCAGCCUCAUUCCAAACUCAUUUCAAGCCAAAAACCUGAAAUUCCAGCAAUUUUUUAGGGUGAGGCUAAGAUUAUGUGGAAAGUGAAAAGACCUAUUUUUCAAAAAAGUCAACUUUUUUUUCAGCCUCAUUUUUAUCUGAAAUUCGAAGUAGGGUACAUUUAUGUAUCACCUUUUGACAUAUUUUGACUAUGCCAACUUUUUCUGAAAAAAUCAAAUUUUCGAUUUUUCGAAAAUUUUGGGGGUGAGGCUAAGAUUAUGUGGAGGACUGUAUAUAUGUUUUUAGCAUCGUCCACCAUGCGGUUUGCCACCAUUUGCUGACGAUUUGCCUGCUGAACAACAAAAUAAUUUGACAGAAAUCUGGAAGGAUUAUAAAGAAGGAGAUAGCUGUGAUGAAGAGCAAUCUAGAACUCGCGAAAUCAUUGAUUCACUUCCAAAAGACAUCCGAAAGAAUCUACAUCGCCGCCCAACUCCACCUUAUUUGAAGGGGGUUUCCAAAGAUGUUCUUGAGAAAUUCCAGACAAUCUGGAAGGAUAAAUCGAUCGCCUGGGUUGAUAAGCAUGAAAAGAUCGAGGAAUUGGCCGAGAAAACAUUGAGUGGUGAGAAUUUGAAGAAGUUCAAGGAAUUCAAGGCCAAAAAAGCUGAACAGACUAAGGAAUAUGAGACGAAAGAGGCGAAAUUGUCGGCUGAAGCGAAAGAGGCGCAUGAGAAGAUUGAAAAGUUGCAGAAGGAGAAGUUUCAGAUUAUUUCGGAGUUGAGUGAGAAGGCGAAGGAGGAACUUUUUGAUUUGUGGCAUAGUAGACCUUUUGGGAGAUUUGGAGGUGGAAGAGGAGGAAAAGGACAUCAUUAA